AUAUAUUUUGUGGUAGUGCGGUUCAUGUUUGCGUUAGUUCGUACGAAUUCUAAACAAUUAAUUUCUGGAUUUUGUUUAUCGAGAAAAUUAUUUGUAAGAGCGAUGGCUAAAAAAAGUGCGAUUUUGCUGAUGGCUGAUGGAGCUGAAGAAAUGGAAGCUGUCAUCACUGCUGAUGUUCUAAGACGUGCUGGGAUUGCAGUUACAAUAGCAAGUAUAACAGGAAAUGACUGUAUUAAAUGCAGUCGUGAUGUUAAAAUUUGCGCAGACGCUCAAUUGGAUGCUGUAAAAAAUGAUACUUUUGAUGCUGUCAUUUUACCCGGUGGUUUAGGAGGUUCAAAAGCUCUCGCAAGUUCAAAAGAAGUUGGAGAAUUGCUGAAGAAGCAGGAAAAUGAAGGGAGAGUUAUUGCUGCUAUUUGUGCAGCACCAACAGCUUUAAAAGCUCACGGUAUUGCGCAAGGAAAACAAAUUACAUCCUAUCCAUCGAUGAAAGAUCAGUUGACUGAUUAUUAUAAAUAUUUAGAAGACAUUGUCGUGACUGAUGGAAAUAUUAUUACGAGCAGAGGACCAGCGACUGCGUACGCCUUUGGGCUGGCGAUUGUUGAAAAAUUGCUGAAUAAAGAAGCGGCUGUUCCUGUUGCUAAGGGAAUGCUUUAUGAAAAUUACAAGUAAAUUUUAAAUGUAAUAUUUAUAUAAAAUAAAACAUGUACUAGAAAAUAAA